GCUGAGCCAGCCAGACCCAGCGGCGAGCGCAGCGGGGGCGGCGGGCCGGGCACCGGGCAGCACCGGGCGCGCGGAGCGGGCGCGCCGCCAACGCGGUCACGUGCGCGGCCCCUCCUCUCGCGCCGGCCUCCCCCGCGCCGCGCUCUCCAUUCAUAAAUUCUCCGCCUGCUCCGCGGCCACCGGGCGCCGGAGCCAGCCGGGAGCGCCACGCAGCCGCCCGCCGCCCAUGGGCCGCGCGUCCCGGCGCUGAGGGCCCUCCUCCCCAGUUCAGAAUGCAGCCCACAGCCACCAUGGCCACAGCCGCCACCACCACCACCACCACCACCACCACCACCACUGCCACAGUAGCCCUGACGACGUCGUGGGACAAUGCCACUGGACGCCCCACGGCAGAGCCAGACCCCAUCCUGGACAACUACGUGCUGCUGGUGGUAGUGAUGUCGCUGUUCGUUGGGGGCACGCUGGUGGUGUUGUCCGGUGUCCUGCUCCUCUGCAAGCGCUGCUGGGACGUCCACCAGCGCCUCAACAGGGCCACGGAGGAGAUGGAGAAGACUACCACCACCUACCUGGACAACGGCACCCACCCGGCCCAAGACCCCGACUUCCGGGGAGAGGACCCUGAGUGCCAGGAUGCGGAGACCGAACGCUUCCUGUCCACCAGCUCCACGGGCCGCCGGGUCUCCUUCAAUGAGGCGGCGCUGUUCGAGCAGAGCCGCAAGACGCAGGACAAGGGCCGCCGGUACACACUGACGGAGGGGGACUUCCACCACCUGAAGAAUGCCCGGCUCACGCACCUGCACCUGCCGCCCCUCAAGAUCGUCACCAUCCACGAGUGUGACUCAGGCGAGGCCAGCUCAGCCGCCACGCCCCACACAGCCACCUCUCCCAAGGCCACUCUGGCCAUCUUCCAGCCCCCGGGGAAGGCCCUCACGGGCCGCUCCGUGGGCCCCAGCUCCGCCCUGCCAGGUGACCCCUACAACUCAGCUGCGGGCGCCACUGACUUCGCGGAGAUCAGCCCCUCGGCAUCUAGCGACUCUGGGGAAGGCACCUCGUUGGAUGCCGGUACCAGGAGCACCAAGGCUGGAGGGCCUGGGGCUGCAGCGGGGCCUGGGGAGGCGGGCCCGGGAUCCGGGGCAGGUACCGUUCUGCAGUUCCUCACCCGCCUGCGCCGCCAUGCCAGCCUGGACGGGGCCAGCCCCUAUUUCAAGGUCAAGAAGUGGAAGCUGGAGCCCAGCCAGCGGGCAGCCAGUCUGGACACAAGAGGUUCCCCCAAGCGGCACCACUUCCAGCGGCAGCGGGCAGCCAGCGAGAGCACGGAGCAGGAGGAGGGGGGCGCCCCCCAGGAGGACUUCAUCCAGUACAUCGCCCGGGCCGGCGACGCCGUGGCUUUCCCGCGCCCCCGCCCCUUUCUGGCCAGCCCGCCCCCUGCUCUCGGCAGGCUAGAGGCGGCCGAGGCAGCGGGAGGAGCGAGCCCCGAUUCCCCCCCGGAGCGCGGCGCGGGCGGCGCGGGGCCUGAGCAGCAGCAGCCGCCACUGGAGCCGGACGCCGAGCGGGACGCGGGCCCCGAGCAGGCCCAGACCAGCUACCGCGACCUGUGGAGCCUGCGCGCCUCGCUCGAGCUGCAUGCGGCCGCCUCGGACCACAGCAGCAGCGGCAACGACCGCGACUCGGUGCGCAGUGGCGACAGCUCGGGCUCAGGCUCCGGGGGCGCGGCGCCCGCCUUCCCGCCGCCCUCCCCGCCCGCGCCGCGGCCCAAGGACGGCGAGGCGCGCCGGCUGCUACAGAUGGACAGCGGCUACGCCAGCAUCGAGGGCCGCGGCGCCGGCGACGACACCGAACCACCUGCCGCGCCCGCCCGGCCCCGCAGCCCGCGCGCCUGGCCCCGCCGCCCGCGCCGCGACUACAGCAUCGACGAGAAGACGGACGCGCUGUUCCACGAGUUCCUGCGCCACGACCCGCACUUCGACGACACGCCGGCUGCGGCGCGACACCGCGCCCGCGCGCACCCGCACGCCCGCAAGCAGUGGCAGCGUGGCCGGCAGCACAGCGACCCCGGCGCCCGCGCGGCCCCGGCCCUGGCCGGAACCCCGGCGCCGCCUGCCGGCGCGGCCCGACCCGCGCGUGCCCCCUUGCGGCGCGGCGACAGCGUGGACGGCCCGCCCGACGGCCGCGCCCUGGGCGGCGCCGGCGACGACCCCGCCAUCCCCGUCAUCGAGGAGGAGCCGGGCGGCGGGGGGUGCCCCGGCUCGGGCCUGUGCGUCGUACCCCCCGAGCCGAUGCUGGACAAGCUGGCGGCCGGCCUCGACGAGAGACUCUUUCCGCCGCGCCUCGCCGAGCCCGUCGUGGCGACUCCCGCGUUGGUCGCCGCCGCCCCCACGUCCCCCGACCACAGCCCGGCCUAAGUCCCGCGUCCUGGGCCCAUCUCUCUGGCAGCUUCUCCGGCGCCGCGCGGGGCCUCGGCAGCGGGAGAGACGCGGGGGCGCGACGCCCCGACGCGAAUGCGCGGGGACCGCGGGCCCUUCGCGCACGCGCGGGGCGACGCAGGCGCGCGCGCCGCUUCAGGGCGCACGCGCAGAGCCCCGGCCGCUCUCGGACCGCCGAAGUGCGCACAGCUCUCUCCGGUGCUUGUGGGGUGCUGGGCGUCGUGAGGCGCGGGCCGCGGAGACCCCGGCUUGGGCGGGAAGGAAGGGGCGUGAACGGCUCUCAGCUUCGGGCUCCUGAGGACAACGACCACUCGCCCUCAGUCCCGGACGGCGCGGCCGCUUAGACACUCGCAGGACCCGCCACCCGAGGGACGCGCAACCCACCGGGUCCGGUGGAGCCGCCGCGUGCCGGGCGCGUGCGCGAGCUCGCCCGGGCUGGGGCCGCGGGGCGCUAAUAGUCGCAGACGAGUUCGCCGCCCUGGGCCGGGAGGCAGCUCAACGCCGUGACUGCCGGUCUCCGAGACCGUUUACCUCACUGCGGCGUGUGCUGGCGGCAGCCCGCGCCGCCUCUGAGCAAUAACCGCGCCGCCACCGCUGCUGCCGCCGGCCCUCCCGCGCCCCGAGUCCCCACUGCCCUCCGCAUGUGAACGGCGCCCGCCGCGCUGCCGCCCCAUCCAUGUUGAGACGCGAACAAAACCCAGACGGCCAGGUCCAAGCUUCCCAAGCUUUAUUUAUUGCCAAAUUUGGGCGGCCUCGCCCGCACGGCACCCUCCAAGUCCCCGCCGCGUCUGCACCAUCCCGCGAUGGCGUUUCUCGUGUUUUUCUUUUCUGGAUGAUAUAAAUAUUGACUGCACA